GUAUUUUAUGAAUGUUGAAUCAUGACACUGUUCCGCUAAACAACUGCAGCCUAGCAGCAUACAUGAGCGAAGAAGAAGUGCUACAGGGGAUUAUAUAUCCUCCAAUAUCAAGGAUACGAGACAUAACAAAAAGUAUAGCAGCUGCGGUGAUUAAGGAAGCGAUUGAGGAGGAUCUGGUCGGCGGAUAUAGGGAAAUGGACGCUCGAGAGCUCCAAAAGCUUAGUGAGGAGGAGCUGAUGGAGUACGUGGAAAACAACAUGUGGAGUCCAGAGUAUCCGACUUUGGUCUACAAAGAUGACUAAAUCUGGUUCCCAAAAUGAAUUAGUCUACUUUCUCUUAUUUAUAUGUAAAAAUUCAUAAUGUGGUUGCUUCAUACCCAAGCAGAUUCAUAGUCGCUGCUCUCUUGUUUUUAUGUAAAAAAAAAAAAUGUUGAUUAUUUGGGUUCUUCUUACUCGAUCAGAUUCAGAUGAACAAUGAACACCAUU